ACACCAUCAACUUCCAAUGAUUGCAAUUAACAGUUUCUAAACGUAUAUACUUUCACACUAUUCUAAAACAAGUUCUACCAAUUGAUGAAUAGAUCGGUAGAAAGAGUACUUAAGGAACUCACACAAGCGUUGCACUACCCCAUGCAUCCCCCAUAGUUGUAUGACUGCUUUCUAACGACAGUCUCACUCCGUGAUGACAACCAGAACAAUGAUCAUAAAUACUGACAACAACAGCAAUAGUGACUACAGUCUUCAAUUGAAUCGAUGGUUCUUAAAACCAAUCGGUGCAUGGCCCACGUCUUCUUCUACUCUAGUUAUUGCAUCCCUGUGUUCAUUAAAACUCUCUUUGGGCUGCUUAUCCCCUAUUUUUUUAUUCUUUUCUUCUGCUUUCUUUUUCAAUUUCUCGAGCUAUCAUACAACCCUUCUCUCUCAUCUUCUGCUCACUACGUCUUCUAAUCUAAUACCUCCUACGGACUCCCCUACAGCCCCUUGUCAAAUAUUCUAAAUUCCCGAAUCUACACCCGCACAGAUAACACCUUACUUCCAGAUCAUGAUUACAAGGAGGACAUAAAUUUAAGCAUUCGAUGGAAUCCUUGAAUUAAAAAAUUGAUCGGUGUAUUGUCAAUUUUUCAAAACGAAUAUACGAACAUUAACAUGAGCGCUCCUUAAAGUAUAAUAUAGUUUAAAUACAUCCCAUGUAAUGUUCCUGUAUAUUGCACAAAAAUUUAUUUGAACUGUUAUUUAUAUAAAAUACCCUUAUAUUGUUAAAUAUCCAAAUGCGAUUAACAUUUGAUAUUAAUUUUAAUCUUGCUGAAGUACCGGAACUUGUGUACUUCAAUAUCGCUUUAGUUCCAAUAAAAAAGAAAAGACUUUGUCGAUGUUGCGAAAUAACUCUCGGUCUACAGUUUUCUUAAAUUCGUUCUGCUAUAAAUUAAUUGAAAAGAAUAACCUCAUUCAACUAGAUAUUCGGUAAUAUUCCCCUUCCUGGAUAGUUUUAAUAAAAUUGUGACAGAAGUAUUUACAUCUGACGCGAUACGAAGAAAUAAUAUGAGAAAUUUCCCCGAAUGGGAAUUCGUCCUGUAGAAAUUGAUCCCUUCAACCUAUUGCGAAACAGACAAUACACUAGUGCACUACUGUCGCCUAAGAAAAUCAAUUAAUCGAUUACCCUCAAACGUCAUCAAUCCUGUCGUACUAAAGUCGUAAAUAAUGCAUAAAGUGGUAUAAGCUCCAACUGAGAACUUAGAAGGGCUCGAACCCUUUGAAAGGUAACAGCUGCACUAUGGCGAUACGGCGUCGAGAAAAAAUUCGCGCACGCGCCAUUUUGCCAUGGCAUUGUACCUGAAACUUGAGUAAUUCACUCGACAAACGACCUCCGCAAAGUAAUCAUGGUGGACGUGUCUAGCGAACCACCGAUAAACAACGCUUUUUACGCUCAUGAUUACGAAUACAGCAUCCAAGUGAAUCGUUGGCUAAUGCAACCAAUAGGAGCAUGGCCAAAACUUACUAAGGCAAACAGAACGCAAAGAUUAUUCGCAAAAUUGUUGAACUUUACCUGCCACUCGUUGAUCAUUUUCACAAUCGUACCUUGCAUAUUGUACAUUGUGUAUGAAGCUGAAAGCUCGAAGACGAGGAUGAAGAUCAUUGGUCCAAUGAGUCAUUGGCUGAUGGGAGAAUUGAAUUACUGUUGUCUUUUGUCGAAAACCGACGACAUAAUCCGUUGCAUAAAACACGUGGAACGCGACUGGCAGGUCGUUGAAAAUGCCAGCAGUCGGGAAAUGAUGCUGAAGUACGCAAAGGUCGGACGUUUCAUCGCUUUCAUAGCUGCAUUCUGUAUGCAUAGUGGCGUUCUGGCCUUUAACAUAACUAAAGGCUUUAAGAAGAUGAUGUUUCUUGUUGGGAAUGACAGUUAUUUCAUGUAUCCGUUACCUUGUCCGAUUUACACGAAUCUGUUGGACGCUAGAUUUAGUCCGGCGAAUGAGAUCGUGUUUGUCCUGCAGAUCCUUUCUGGCCUCAUCGUGACGUCUGUCACGGUGGGUGCUUGUGGUUUGGCAGCUGUUCUAACGAUGCAUGCAAGUGGUCAAUUGAAUAUGGUGGUGGCCAGGUUGGAUAAUUUGGUGGAUACGAAAGUCGAGGAGAAAGAGGAAGCACAGACGGUCGCUCAGAGGAAGCUUGGUAUUAUCGUUGAACAUCACCUGCGAACAUUAAGUCUCAUAGCCUCGAUAGAAAAAGUUAUGAACAUGAUAUGUCUCGUUGAGUUGGUGGGAUGUACCAUGAACAUGUGUAUGAUCAAAUAUUAUUUUCUCACGGAAAACUCGAAAGAUAUGAGAAUUGUAUAUGCUAUCGUGUAUGCAUCCAUGGUGUUUAAUAUAUUCAUAUUCUGUUACAUCGGAGAAAUAGUUAUUGAACAGGUAAGAAAGGUUGGGAAAAAAGUGUAUAUGACUGAAUGGUACCGAUUACCUCACAAAACUGCUCUCGGUUUAGUCCUGGUUAUUUCAAGAUCGAGUAUGGUGGUCAAAAUUACAGCUGGAAAAUUCGUACAAAUAUCUAUCACGACCUUUGGCGUCGUGUUUAAAACUUCUUUCGCGUACCUCAACAUGAUCCGCACGAUGUUAUAGAGCAUUUACAUAUCGCAUGAAGAAGAGGAGAGUAAUCGUUCGUUGUU